UCUCUCCCUCCCUCCAUGCCACCCCCCAAGCAUGAGAGUGUUGAGCAGUGCCUUUCUUCGAGUUGCUGGUGCUGUGUUGUGCAGGCCGCCUACCUCCACCUGCCACGCUGUGUUGUGCAGGCUGCCUACCUCCUCCACCUGCCACUCUGCCCUGCCUCCCUCCCUCCUGCACGCCUUCAGGCCAGCCCCAGUAAUAAGGCUUUUUAGUGUGAGUGGUGGGCCGGUAGAAGGUAAAAUUGCCAAGGCCGCUGCUGUGACACUCGCCGGGUUAGAUAAGAUCACCAGCAGCAUGCCGGCACCUCAGGGAAUAAAUGGGUUGUUUGACUUCCGCAAGAUAACCCCAGAAGAGCUAGACAAGCAGACGGAUGCCCUCAUUGCCAAGCAGCGAGCGGCUUACAAUAGCGUCGGGGCACUGCCGCUUGACCAGGUCAAGUACGACAAUGUGAUCAAACAACUUGCAGACCUAAUGACAGAGCGAUCCACACUUGGGUCGCCAUUGGACUUUCCUCAACAUGCAGCUGUCGACAAGGAAGUGCGGGAAGCAUCCAGCAAAGCUGAACAGAAGCUGGAGGAGUUUGAUGUAGAGAUGAGCAUGAGGAAGGACAUCUUUGACCGAGUGGUGGGAUUCAGGGACAACGUGGGCACAGAUGGCCUUGCCCCAGAGCAGAAGAGACUUGUGGCAAAGCUUAUCCUUCAUGGGAGACGAAAUGGUCUACACUUGUCUGAAGAGAUCCAGAAGGAAGUGAAGAAGAUCAAGAAGCGCAUGUCUGAGUUGAGCAUAAAAUUCCAAAGAAAUCUAAAUGAAGACAACACUAAAUUGUUCUUCACGCGAGAAGAGUUAGCCGGCAUGCCUGAGGACUUCAUUGAUGAUUUGACACAGGGGGAGGACGGCAAGCUGGAGGUGACCAUGAAGUACCCACACCUGUUCCCCAUCACCAAGAAGUGUCAUGUCCCUAACACCCGCCGCCUCAUGGUCACCGCCAGCCAGUCAAAGUGCAUGGAGGAGAACACACCCAUCUUAGAGGAACUCAUAUCCCUGCGGCAGAAGCAGGCAGAGUUACUGGGCUACAAGAACCAUGCCCACUACGUCCUGGAGGAGCGCAUGGCCAAGAACCCUGAGAAUGUUGCCGAGUUCCUCACCAACCUCUCUGACAAACUUCAGCCUCUGUGGAAGGAUGAGCAAGUGGUCAUGCAGAAAUUUAAGAAAGAAGAGUGUGAGAAGUACAGUUAUGAGUACAAUGGUCAGUUGGACUUCUGGGACCUUCGAUACUACAUGAAUCAGGUGGAAGAGAAGAUGUAUGCAGUAGAUCAAAAUGAGGUGAGACAGUAUUUUCCCUUGGAGAAAGUGACAUCGGGACUGUUUGACAUCUACCAAACACUGCUGGGGCUACAGUUCACCCUGGUAGCAGAUGCAGACACCUGGCAUGAUGAUGUCAAGCUGUACCGAGUGACUGAUACAAAGUCAGAGGAGAACUUGGGCUACUUCUUCCUGGAUCUUUACCCUCGUGAUGGCAAAUUUGGACACGCUGCCAUCUUCCCUCUCCAACCAUCCUGCGUUGCCGCUGAUGGCUCCCGACAGGUUGCUGUGUGUGCAAUGAUGUGCAACUUCACAAAGCCCACCAAGGAUAAGCCUGCACUGUUAGAUCAUUCAGAGGUUGAGUCCUAUUUCCAUGAGUUUGGCCACGUGAUGCAUCACAUCUGCUCUCGUGCAACUUUUGCCAUGUUUGCUGGAACACACGUCGAGAGAGACUUCCUGGAGGCCCCCUCACAGAUGCUGGAGAACUGGGUGUGGGAAAAGGAGCCUCUAACUCUGAUGUCAGGACACUAUGAGACUGGUUCAACACUCCCAGAUGAAAUUGUUGACAAGUUGGCAAAAUCCCGAAAAGCAAAUGCAGGUGGAUUCAACCUGAGGCAAAUAAUUCUUGGGACUUUUGACCAAACCAUCCACACAAGAGGAGAAGCUGACACCAAGGCUCUCUUCACCCAAACCUACAAGGACAUCAUGGACAUUGAGCCCAUCCCCAACACAAACAUGCCCGCUACCUUUGGACAUCUGGCUGGGGGAUACGAUGCUCAGUAUUAUGGCUAUUUGUGGAGUGAGGUGUUCUCCAUGGACAUGUAUGACAGCUGCUUCAAGAAGCAAGGCAUCCUGAACCCGACCAUUGGUGCCAAGUAUCGCCAGUGCAUUCUGCAGCCAGGAGGCUCAAAGGAUGCUGAUGAGCUUCUACGGGACUUCUUGGGCCGUGACCCAACCCCCGAUGCCUUCUUGCAAAGCAAGGGUCUACAGGCAUGAGAACUCUAGUCUCCUUUGUGAACCAAACUAAACUUUGUAUGAGCCAAUAUUUGUAGAAAAGAUUUGUUUUGGGCAACAUAAUUUCUAUGAUAAAUUAUGUUAUGUAA